UGAUGAACCAGAAACCACACCAAAGAAAUCUGUUCUGUAACCACCACAAAAUUAAGCGAAUCAACUUCUAGAAUGAACGCCCGCUCCCAAGUAUUUGAUCUAACAAUGGAGGGUCGACAGGUGGACGAAGCGGUUGCUAGUAUCUUUCACACAGUGCUCUUCCACCGCUGUUUAGGAAAAUAUAUGUAUACGGGAGAUGCACAAUACUCAAUUGGCACUGUGGGGUAUUCAGAUGUUGACUGUGAUUUUAUUGAUUUCACCUACGUUUGCUGCACAUCGGAUAGCCUUUCGCGCAAGGUGAAGCGCGCCAUUAAUCUAUUUAGCGAAAAGCUACGAUCAAAUGAAAGCUGUGGCUCCGGCCAGAUUAGUUUGGAGUUCUUUCAGAAAAAGAAGAAUCGCUGGUUAUUUCCACAGGAGUCCAUACCUUGGGAGGUUUGGACCGUGCAUCUGGAUUUAAUCAAGCAUGAGACCGAUGAUGAGCGUCAGCUUUGUCGCGAAAAUGUUUCUGAUAUGCUGACUGAAAAGGUUAUAUACAUAACGGAACUUAUGAAUAGACAUGACUAUGUGCCAAAGACUCCUAGCCAAAGUGAGCUUGAUUUGAUAUUUGACACUUCGUUUCCCGACGUGCAGCCAUAUUUGUUUAAAUUCGAUUAUUCCACAUCUGGAUCGACGGCAUCCUCAAUGGGAAAUGCCAUGAAAAAGAUAAUUAAAGAGACACUCGCAAUGUAACCGACCGACAGUGAGCAAGAUUAUGUUUACUUAAGUGGUCCACCUUUCUACCACCAUACACCAUACGCCUUUCUGUUUUCAGCGAUAGUCAAGUUCCCUCAAAUGCUGUUAUGUACUGUACCCCCUGAAAAUUGCAACUCAGUUUCUAGAGUCAUCUUGUAAAACUUAUGCUAUUUCUGGCCCAUCACAGAUUAACUGUCAUAAUAAGGUUAUGCUAAGUGAGGGUAAUUUUGUAUUCUUUGUGAUUUUUGUAUGUCCAUAGCUUUCAAUUUGGUUUCGAAACUCCUGAAUCUAGAUCAACGUUGCUCUACCACAGGUUAACUUCCAAACAAUUUUAAUUGUUGGACACCACUUAUAAUACAGGAGCUUAAAAACAAGUCAAAAUUGUUUUCCGUUGCACCCUACUCUAUAUAUAUAUAUAUUUUUUAUCAGCAUCUAAAGCAGUUUCAGCUUGGUCUGUCUGCAUUAGUAUCGAUAUUAGAGACUAUUAGGGAAAAAGUCAAAAUUUGAUAAAACUGCAUCUGUUUUAUCGUUCAAAGCUUAUUGGUCAAGUAAAAGUUAAUUUCAAAUGCAUUUUAAUGAGAAGUAAAUUCAGUCAGUGACAGGAAUUUGAUCACCUGUCGGGUAUUUGCUAUUCUUACGAGGGCAUGAUUCAGAAUAUUUGUAUUUUUUUACGGUAGACUUAUUUUAUGAAACAUUUUUAGUAUUUCUAACAUAUAUAAUUAAAAAUUAAAUGGAAAAUCUGCACGGAUAAUUUAUAGAGUGUACAGACGUACCAGAGAUCUGCAGCGGUCCACCGCAACUACUAGUGUUGUUCGGUGGUUUUCACUCGUUUCUUUUUCUACUGAUUUGUAUGCAGUGCCUGAACUGUGCGUCACAUUUUGAGUUGGCAUAUUUUCGAUAUACAAGCAUGUACUGCACAAAAAGUGUGUGUAGAAAAACUACGCUUACAAUUUGAUUUUUAUAAAAUGAAUUAAGAAAUAUUAAAGCAUCAACAGAAUAUUGAUCUUGUCUCCCAAUAUUCUAUAAAUUUGUCUACUUAAUUUCGCUAAUCUGCGUCAAAACAUCGCAGGAGAAAAAUUAAGCAAGACAUAAUAACGGAACUGGAGUCGCAAUAUUUUGAGCGAGUAAAUUUUUGUGCAUGCGUUCAGGCACCGCGUAUUUUCUAUUUGCUUCAUCCACAUAUUCGUUUCGUAUGCGGUGUUUAAGCAACGCAACCUCAUUCAAGGCGGUGCUUCUACCACCACCAUCGCAAAAAAGAUGAGUUCAUUAUUGGUGUCGAAAACAGCCACCGGUGCAGAUCUCUGAUACGCACCAUAUAUCUUUCAAUACGCGUAUUUUUUAUACUUAAAGCAGGGAAUAAUACCUGAAUUAGUAACGGAACAGUUAACCGAAAUUAGCAGUAACCGUAACCGAACAAAAUUCUUUUUCAUGUACAGAAAAGCAAAAAGUUUACUGUUAUGGUUUUCUUCUGUAUGUAAUAAAUUUUCCUUUAUAUUAAAAUUUUUUUUAAAUUUAUAUUAGAUUAAUUGUAUUGAUUUAUAUAUACAUAUGUAUAUAUUAUUUUUUGUUUAGCAUUUUAAAAUUGUAUUGAUCUAUCGGUAUAUACCCAUGCUAUUACCGGAACCGAAAUAGAACCUUUUACCAAAGUAAUCAUUUCGGAACGUACCGAAACCGUUAUUUGUUUUGGUUCAAAGUCGCAAAAUUCGAUAUAUACAUACUUACCUAUGUGUGUGUCUGGUAACAUAGGAGGGUGUGUGUGUGCAUGAACGUCUGUAUAUAUAUGUGUGUGAGUGUGUGAGUUGAUGUAUACAAAAUUUAUUUUUGGAAAAUUUCAUAGCUUUUUUGUACAACACAGGGUGAAUUUACGAUAUGUCAGAUAUUAAAUUUACAGUAAUAAAUGACUACAAGCAAAUUUUAUGUGUAGUUUUUUUUGUCGAAUAAUAUAUUUAGGGUGUUUAUUAGAGUGGGUCAAUUUGUAUGGAGUAAAAAAAUGCACAAAGCGGUUAUGAAAAUCGUUAUCUAUGAUAAAUUCUAAGGGAAAUUCCCAAGAAACCAUGGGUGUUCAAUCAAUAUUGAGCUUCAAAUUUUUAACGCAGAGGAAAUACCUGUUUCAUAUAUUGGGAAUUGGCAGUUAAGUGGAACUUACCUCUAAAACAAAUAAGAUUAAAAACCCAAAUAGAGGACAAUUUAUGAUGAAUUUAGAGAUAAAAAUAAGUUGGCGAUCUCCCUCAAUUGAAUUUUAAAAUUAAAGCAAAAUCAACCUUUUUACUGAAUCUUUUAAGAAACUUGACAAAAGAGCUAAUGUUUAAAACUUAACUUAAAAAAAACUAGUUAAGACCACUAACUAAUUCUUAUCUCUAAAUUUAUCAUAAUUCUUUCUGGGGUUUUUUUUUUUGUGUGUUUAGAGGCAAGUUUUUACCUAACAGACAAUUAAAAAUAUAUGAAAUACGUAUAACUACUUCGUAAAAAGAGGAAGCUCGAUAUUGAUUUUAGACCCAUGGUUGCUUAAGCAAUUCUUUUUAGAAUUCGUCGUAGAUUACGAUUUUUAUACCCGCUUUGUCGCGAAAAAAUUGACCCACUCUAGUGUUUAUAUAUAAAUUCAUAAAACUGAAUUGGAAAAAAAACAUAUUUACAAUUUAGCGAUGAAGAAUGCAUGAUGAAGCUCAACAUAAUCAAUGAAAAAUGUAAAAUAGCGGAGAAAUUUUUAUUUCGGAAACACAUAUAUAUUUUUUUUUAACUUUGAAAUUAUAAUUUAUAAAAAGGAAUGACAGAGUUUUAACUUAGGUGUCCAAAUCGUAAAUUUCCAAGCUCGUGUGCUUGAAAAUAAGGUUUAAUGUGUGCUUUUUGAACCACUGCCCUAUAAUGAUCCGUGCACAUUUUCCAAUUUUUCGGAUGCUAUCUUGUUUCUUUACUUAUGUUCUACCAAUCGUUUUUUUUUUUUGGCCAAAUUGGCUUAAUUUUAAUGUAAACCGACGUGUUAAAAUUAUAAUUUGCAAUUAAAAUCUUUUGAACCAUGAAAUAGUUGACACAAAUGCACUCAUGAAAUUUAAAUAUUUGUGGGCCCAACAUUUUGUGUCAGCCUUAGC